AUGGUCGCCGCCGCUGCUCGUGCCAACGCUGUCCGUCUCAUGUCCCUUACCGCCUCCCAGGGCUGUAGGGGAUGCGGCCGCUCUCACGCUGCCGCCCACUCUUGCACCCCCGGCUCUCACGACCACGGCCACUCGCACUCCCGUGGUCUUGCUACCCCCGUCGACGUCCCCGGUCCCGGAAACUCCAAGGGCGACUACGCCUUCGAGAUGGCCGCGUCCACCCUCCGUUUCGGUACAGGUGCCACCCGCGAGGUCGGCAUGGACCUUGUCAACAUGAUCAAGCGUCUCCCCGCUGCUGAGCAGAAGAACGCCAAGAUUGCCGUCUUCACUGACCGCAACAUUGCCAAGCUUCCCGUUAUGGAGACCGUUGCCCGCUCGCUCCAGGACAACAACCUCAACUACGAGGUCUUUGACCGCGUUUCCGUUGAGCCUACUGACAAGUCGUGGACUGAGGCCAUCGACUGGGCCCGUAACGCCGGCGUCACCCACUUCCUUGCCGUCGGUGGUGGUUCCACCAUGGACACUGCCAAGGCUGCCAACCUUCUCUCGUGCUACCCCGAGGCCGACAUGAUGGACUUCAUCAACGCCCCCGUCGGCAAGGGUACCCCCAUCAACAAGCAGCUCAAGCCCCUCAUUGCCAUCCCCACCACCGCUGGUACCGGCUCUGAGACCACCGGAACUGCCAUUCUUGACAUCCCCUCGAUGCGCUUCAAGACCGGUAUCGCUUCGCGUGCCCUCAAGCCCACUCUCGGCAUUGUCGACACCCUCAACACCGCCACCUGCCCCCGUGAGGUCGCCAUUGCUGCCGGUCUCGAUGUGCUCUUCCACUCGCUUGAGAGCUACACCGCUGUUCCUUACUACGAGCGUACCCCCCGCCCCACCAACCCCAUCAACCGUCCCGCUUACCAGGGUUCCAACCCCGUCUCGGACAUCUUCUCCAAGUGGGCCCUUGAGCAGACCGUCAAGUACCUUCCCCGUAUCUUCAAGGACCCCACUGGUGACGAGGAGGCGCGCACCCAGAUGCUCCUCGCGUCUUCGACCGCCGGUAUCGGUUUCGGUAACGCCGGUGUCCACCUGUGCCACGCCGGUUCUUACCCGAUCUCGUCGCUGAACAAGGCUCGUGCCCCCGAGAAGCAGUACUUCCACCCCUCUUACAACAAGGACGUUCCCCUCAUCCCCCACGGUAUCGCCGUCUCGCUCACGUCGCCCUCGGUCUUCGACUUCACCGCCCCCUCGGACCCCGAGCGCCACCGCACCGCCGCCGCCAUCUUCAUGGGCGACCGCGCCGAGGAGCUCCGCAACGUCUCUGACGCCGACAUCGGCAAGGUCCUCCGUGAGGAGAUCCAGAAGUUCCUUGACUCGAUCGCCGUUCCCCGUGGUCUCUCGCAGGUCGGCUACACCUCGUCUGACAUCGAGACCCUCGCCAAGGGCAUGCUUCCCCAGCGUCGUGUCCUCGACCUCGCCCCCGUCCUCGUUAAGGACAACCAGAACGAGGAGCUCGACCAGCUCCAGGGCAUCCUCGAGGGUGCCAUGCGCUGGUAA